GUGGCGCCGCUCCAGCCCUUCCUGCAGGUGACGCGGGCGGCCCUGCAGCGGUCUCUUGAUGUGAAUUUUGGGGCUGUGCUUCAUGUUUCCCAGAUUGUUGCUCGGCAGAUGAUUGCACAGGGGGUGCCAGGUGCUAUUGUCAAUGUCUCUAGCCAGGCAUCUCAGCGUGCGCUGCGGGAUCAUGCUGUUUACUGUUCCACAAAAAGUGCUGUGGAUAUGCUGACCAAGGUAAUGGCAAUGGAACUGGGACCCCACAAGAUUAGGGUGAACACUGUGAACCCCACAGUGGUUAUGACCGACAUGGGGAAAAUUAACUGGAGUGACCCUCAGAAAUCUGCUGCCAUGAUUAAUCGGAUUCCACUGGGAAAGUUUGCAGAGGUGGAUGAUGUGGUGAACAGCAUUCUCUUCCUGCUGAGUGAUAAGAGUGCUAUGACAACUGGCAGCUCACUGGUGGUUGAUGGGGGAUUUCUUGUCUCCUAA